AUUAGAAAAAAAGUUGACUUGACUUGACUUAUAUCCUACUCUUUAGACUACAGAUGUCGGAGAUUUAUAUAUAAAAGCUAACAAGUGGAAUCAAGAAUCAGCAGCUAUUCCCGAUAGACAAUCAUCAUUUUUGCAGAAUCACCUCAACCAUCUCCAAAUAGAGACGGAAAAUAAUCCUCUGUUUUUCUCAUCCCUAUUUUUUCUUGUUUUGUUAGCUACAGAACACGACACGUGGACAAUUUUAAGACCAACGCACCAGAUGUAAUAAUCCUCACCCAAUCUUGAUCAUUGGUCUACUUGUUGUCCACAUGUCACAUUCUGCAUGUAGCAAAACAAGGAAAAACAAGGAUGAGAAAAACAUAGAAUUUUGAUAGAGACGUUCCCAAUGAUCAACAAGAGAAUCCGAGAAGCCGUCUUUUCCUCCUCGUCUUCUUCGAUCUCUCGAUGGAAUCCCGAUCUCUUCUUGAGUACUUUCAGUCAAGAUGCGAGCAACAAAAUCAUCAUCGACGACCUCUACAAUGCUUUGAUCGAAAAAGGGAUUCGCACCAUCAGAGAAGACGAAGAAGACCACAAGCGAAGAGAGAAAGCAAUUGAACGAUCGAGGAUCGCCAUAGUCCUUUUCUCAAGAAAAUACGUUUCUUCGAUUUGGUGUCUGGAUGAACUGUUGAAGAUACUUGAAUUCAGAAGCAGCAGCAGGACUGCGCUAACUGUUUUACCUGUUUUCUGUGAUGUCGAUCCUUCGGAUGUACGGAAACAGACUGGUAGUUUGGAGGAAGCGUUUGCCAGAUAUGGAGAGCUUUUCAAAGAUGAAAAAGAGAAGGUGGAGAGGUGGAGGGCAGCUCUUACUAAAGUUGCUAACCUUUCUGGUUGGGAUCUGCAUAGCGUUUCUAAUGGGCAGGUGGGAAAAUUUAUCCAAAGAAUUGUCAAUGAUGUUGUUUUGAUUAAAAGAAGUCGAACACCAUUGAACAUCGCUUGUUAUCUUGUUGGAAUAGAUUCCCGUGUUGCAACAUUGAUGAAUUCAUAUAUAUAUCUUCCUCUAUGUGUUCACAAAAAAGAAUAUCUUUCUCCGUGUGAAGUUCGUAUCAUAGGGAUUUGUGGUUUUAGUGGAUUAGGUAAGACAACCAUUGCGAAGGCCGUAUAUAAUAAAAUUUAUCAUAGGUUUGAAGGUUGCAGUUUUCUUGAGAAUGUUAGAGAAGUUUCACAACAACCCAAUGGUCUAACUCAGCUACAAGAACAACUCCUUUCUGAUGUCCUUGUGAAGAAAAACUUGAAGAUAAGCAACGUUGAUAGAGGAAUAAAUAUGAUCAAACAAAGGCUUCACUGCAAAAGGGUUCUUAUCGUUAUUGAUGAUGUUGAUCAUCCAGAGCAAUUAAAUGCAUUGGCUAUUAAGCAUGAUUCAUUUGGUAUUGGACGUAGAAUCAUUGUCAUUUCAAGGGAUGAACAUUUGCUAAACGAGGCUGAAACGUGUCAAAUUUAUCAUCCUGAAGAGUUGGACUCUCGUGAAUCUCUUCAACUCUUUAGUUGGCAUGCAUUUAAGAAUGAUUCUCCACCAGAUGACUACAAGGAGCUUUCAAAGGAGGUAGUCGGUAAUGUCAAAGGACAUCCAUUAGCUCUUGAGGUUAUGGGUUCUUCAAUGUUUGGCAAAAGAAGCUUAUCUGAAUGGGAGAAUGUAUUAGCCAAACUAAAAAGAACUCCUGGUGAUCAAAUUCAAAAAAAACUUAGAUUAAGUUUUUAUGAUUUAGACGACACAGAGAAGGACAUUUUCCUUGAUAUCGCAUGCUUCUUUAUUGGAAUGGACCAAAGCUAUGUAUCUAAAAUACUAGAUGGAUGCAACUUGUUUCCAGAUAUCGGAAUCCGUAUUCUCAUUCAAAAAUCUCUUAUUACAAUUGAUAGAGACCAGAAACUAAGGAUGCAUGAUCUUCUUCGAGAGAUGGCAAAAGAAAUUGUUCGUGAAGAAUCUCCUGAACAAUCAGGAAAACGUACAAGAUUGUGGUCACGAGAGGAUGUUUGUGAUGUAUUGGUCAAACAUGAGGGAACCAAAUCUGUUGAAGGUAUCAUCCUAAACAUUUCUCAAUUUGAGGAUGUGUGUUUUAAUACUGAAGCAUUUGUAGGCAUGCAUGAUCUAAGAUUGCUUCAACUCAAUAAUGUAAGCCUAAGGGGAGGAUAUGAACAUCUCUCUAAGAAAUUAAGAUGCCUUUGUUGGCAUGGAUUCCCUUUGAAUUCUAUACCUACCGAUUUUGACAUGGAGAAUCUUAUUGUUCUUCACAUGGAAAAUAGCUGUGUUAAUGAGGUUUGGAAGGAAAUCAAGCUGCUCAAAAGGUUGAAAAUCCUGAACCUUAGUCAUUCGAGUUACUUAACGAAAACCCCCAACUUCUCAGGAGUCCCCAAUCUUGAGGAACUGAUCCUUGAAGAUUGUAAAAGUCUGGUUGAGGUUCACCGAUCCAUUGGGUAUCUUGACAAACUUUUUGUGUUGAAUUUGAGAAAUUGCAAUAACCUUAAGAAGCUUCCAGACAGAAUUGGUAUGUUGAGAUCUCUGGAGGAACUGAUCCUUGAAGAUUGUGAAAGUCUGGUUGAGGUUCACCAAUCCAUUGGAUAUCUUGACAAGCUUAUUGUCUUGAAUUUGAAAAACUGCAAUAAUCUUUUGAAGCUUCCAGACAGCAUUGGUAUGUUGAGAUCUCUUGAAGAACUCAAUCUUUAUGGUUGCUCAAAACUGGUGCAAUCUACUUCAUGGUUUUCUUCAUUCCCCCAAUAUCUCUGUUCGCUAAGAAGAAAGCGUACUUGUACCUCUUUGCUUCCUGCUUCUUUCUCUGGUUUAUGCUCUCUGAUAAAAGUAGAUUUCAGUUACUGCAAUCUGUCAGAAGAUUUGAUUCCCAAUGAUUUCUGGAGCUUGCCAUUGUUGAAUGAAUUAAAAUUGGAGGGGAACAGAUUGUGCACCCUACCAGCCAGCAUUAGACAUCUUUCUCGGCUUGAAUCGUUAACACUGAGACAUUGUGGAGAUCUCAAACUAAUGACAGAUCUUCCGUCAAGUUUAUCGAAUUUGGAUCUAGAAGGUUGCUCAAAAAUGGAAAUAUUACCAUCCAACAUCAGUGAUCUGUCUCGACUUUUGUGUCUUAAUCUGAAUGGAUGUAGGGGGCUACAGUCAUUUCCAAAGCUUUCAUCGCACUUAAAGCAGUUGCUGACAAGCGGUUGCACAUCUUUGCACGGAAUAGACGUUGUGGACUUACAGUAUUUACGAUAUUUAGUUGUCAACUAUGAUUACUUCUGUAGUAAAUCGGAUGAAAUAAGUUGUCUUCCUAAUCUUGAGAUCCUAACUUUGGAAGGCUGUGAGAGUCCUCAAACACUGCCAAAGCUUCCAUCAAAUUUAGAAACCAUGUUUGUAGAUGAUGACAUAACGAACUUCCAAUGUGAGGAGAUUCAGAGCAUGGAAACUUCUCAAUCUAUGCAAUGCAUUCGCGUGGAAGAGUGCCGCCAUCUGGGGAACACCUUGAGGAAGAAUAGCCUUUUCCAGGAUAUACAUAGGGGUUUUGAAGUAUGGGGUCGUGGGAGUGAGAUUCCGGAAUGGAUAAGCCAUCAAAAUAUGGGGUCUUCAAUAUCCUUUGAGGUAUCUGCCUGUUUGGGUUGUAAGAUCCAAGGGUUGGAUGUAUCUGCUGUUUUUUCAACUGGAAAAGAACUCGAACUAUUCCGUUCUAUCACUGUAAUUUAUAAUAAAACCAAAGAUAUUCAAUGGGAACCCAUUGUCGGAACAUCGCAACUCAGACGUCACCUAUUUCUACAAUUAUGGGUGCGCCAUGUUACAAUUGCUGAGCUUCGGGAUUUCUCGGAAUGCGAAGUUGGAUAUGGCAAUAACUUCGAAGUUGGGGAUCAAGUGGAGGUUUCAGUAGAAAUUUUGGAAAUGAUGGGUGGAGGAAGUUUGCAAGUGAAGAGGUGUGGAGUCCUGCUUGUCCACAGGCCAGAUGAGGAGAAGAACCUAUCAGAUGAUCGAUCGAUGGUGGAAUAUAUGUCUGCUUCUGUUGGUGAUGUUGUUAUGGAUAGAAAAGAAUCAGUAUUGGUUCACAUCGAAGAUGAGAAUGAGAGUGGCCACAAUGAGGGCAUUGCAGGAUUUGGCAUUGAUGCCAAAAGAUUGGGGAUUGGCCUGUGAUUCCUGCAUUAGUUACCAUUUCCGAUGGGUAACACAAGCCCAUUGUAGAGACAUCCAUUUGCAAGCUGGAUAUCCUCAUACCCAUGUGAGAAUGUUGUUGGAGCAGAAACCGAGCUCUUCCUCUUCUCGUUCUUGUAUUGAAUCCUGUGAGUACAGUCUAUUCAUUUAAGAUAAUUAGAUUUGGAAUGCGGGUGUUGAUGCCAGUAGAUCCAAAUUAACCAGUUGACAGAUCAAUGAUAUUCUGUGUAUAUUCUUUAUUAAUUAUUUCAUUGACCCC